UUUCCCGUCCAGAGGAGGUAAAAUCCAAGUUAGCAGGAAUAGACUUGGCCGAGGAAUAAUGCUGAGGUGAACCCGAGCUCCUGGUGCGACCCAGCGGCAACCAUCAAGUCGAUCUGCCCCCUUUCCGGGGCUGGCUGAGCAUCCGGAGGCUUAGCAUGCGGACUCUGCUGUAGACGGCCGUGAGCAAGAGAGACACAGCUCUGCUGAGUGGUGCUGGCCUUCCACCAGAAACGAGGUAAACAGUUGCAGGAUAAAGGCAGAGAGGUGUCCUCCAUCUUGAAGACUCAGCCACUGCCCCGUCGAAAUCCCGAACUCCGAACUAUAGAGCGGCAAGAAGUGCAUCUGAGCGGUGAAAAUAGAUGUCACAGACUUCAUAGCUUUGCUCAGACUUACUGGAGUCAACAUAGAACCCUUUGAGGACUCGACCUUACAGGUCUUCCUGUCAAACAAGCCUGACUGGUUUCUAACAUGCCAGCGUGGUUUACUGACUGUCAUUUAACGUGCUCAAGAGUGCUUCGUGAGCCGGGACCGUAAGGGACCCAGUGGAGGCGACCGGAUGCAGACUUGAGGCACUCAACUUGCCCAGACCGCGGACUGAAGUCUUGGCAGUUAGGACACCGGAGUCUGUGUCCGUGGACUUUCAACCCUGUUGGCGGUGGGUGAUUGUCGGAGGAACCCGAUGUAGGAUGCCAGCUGCUUAAGCUCCCUCUCGGACGAGAUGGAAGAAAAAGAGCUGGAAGGUCCCAACUCUGCGUCCGAGAAGCGCUAUUUCCCAGAAUCCCUUGAUUCCAGCGAUGGGGAUGAGGAGGGGGUUUUGGCCUGCGAGGACUUGGAACUUAACCCUUUUGAUGGAUUGCCUUAUUCGUCACGUUAUUACAAACUGCUAAAAGAAAGAGAGGAUCUGCCAAUAUGGAAAGAAAAAUACUCCUUUAUGGAGAAUCUGCUUCAAAAUCAAAUUGUGAUCGUUUCAGGAGAUGCUAAAUGCGGCAAGAGCUCUCAGGUUCCCCAGUGGUGCGCCGAGUACUGCCUGUCCGUCCGCUACCAGCACGGGGGCGUGGUGUGCACGCAGGUCCGCCCCCAGAGCGCCGUGCAGCUCGCCCUGCGGGUGGCAGACGAGAUGGACGUUAACAUCGGGCACGAAGUCGGCUACGUGAUCCCCUUCCCCACCGAGACCAUCCGGAGGUACUGCACCGACGGCAUGUUGCAGAGGGAGAUGAUGUCCAGUCCGUUUCUGGGUAGCUACGGGGUCAUCGUCUUAGACGACGUCCACGAAAGAAGCAUUGCCACGGAUGUGUUACUUGGCCUUCUUAAGGACGUUUUAAUGGCGAGACCCGAACUGAAGCUUAUAAUUAACUCCUCCCCUCACCUGAUCAGCAGACUCAUGUCUUACUACGGAAACGUGCCUCUCAUAGAAGUGAAGAAGCAGCACCCCGUGGAGGUUGUGUACCUGAGCGGGGCCCAGAAGGAGUCUUUUGAGUCCAUUUUACGCCUUAUCUUUGAAAUUCACCAGUCUGGUGAGAAGGGAGACAUUGUGGUCUUUCUGGCCUGUGAACAAGAUAUUGAAAAGGCCUAUGAAAUGGUCUGUCAAGAAGGAUCUAACUUGAACCCAGAUCUAGGGGAGCUGGUGGUGGUUCCUCUGUACCCAGAAGAGAAAUGUGCGUUGUUCAAGCCAAAUGAGGAAACAGAAAAAAGAUGCCAAGUUUAUCAGAGGAGAGUGGUACUAACCACUAGCUCUGGAGAGUCUUUGAUCUGGAGUAACACAGUCAAAUUUGUCAUCGACGUGGGUGUGGAAAGGAGGAAGGUGUACAACCCUAGAAUCAGAGCGAACUCACUUGUCACGCAGCCCAUCAGCCAAAGCCAAGCGGAGAUACGCAAGCAGAUUGUCGGUUCGUCUUCUCCAGGAAAACUCUUCCGUCUGUACUCUGAGGAGUUCGCCUCCAAAGACAUGCGGCCGCUCAAGCCAGCCGAGAUGCAGGAGGCGAACCUGACCAGCAUGGUGCUGUUCGUGAAGAGAAUAGACAUCGCGGGCUUAGGCCACUGUGACUUCAUCAACAGACCAGCGCCGGAAAGUCUGAUGCAGGCUCUGGAAGACUUGGACUACCUGGCGGCGCUGGACAAUGACGGGAAUCUCUCUGAGUUCGGGAUCAUCAUGUCGGAGUUUCCUCUUGACCCCCAACUCUCAAAGUCGAUCUUAGCGUCCUGUGAAUUCGACUGCGUAGAGGAGAUGCUGACGAUCGCCGCCAUGGUGACAGCUCCCAAUUGCUUUUCUAAUCUGCCGCGUGGAGCUGAGGAGGCUGCCUUGACUUGUUGGAAGACAUUUUUACAUCCUGAAGGAGAUCACUUUACCCUCAUCAACAUUUACAAGGCCUACCAGGACACGGCUCUGAAUUCCACCAGCGAACACUGUGUUGAAAAGUGGUGUCACGAUUACUUCCUCAACUGCUGCGCACUCAGGAUGGCGGAUGUCAUCCGAGCUGAACUCUUAGAAAUUGUCAAGCGAAUCGAGCUUCCCUGCGCAGAACCUGCUUUUGGCUCCAAGGAAAACGCUCUGAACAUAAAGAAAGCUCUUCUGUCCGGCUACUUCAUGCAGAUUGCUCGGGACGUGGACGGAUCGGGUAACUACCUGAUGCUGACCCACAAGCAGGUUGCCCAGCUGCACCCCCGGUCCGGUUACUCCAUCACCAAGAAGAUGCCAGAGUGGGUUCUCUUCCACAAGUUCAGCAUAGCAGAGAACAACUACAUCAGGAUUACCUCAGAAAUUUCUCCUGAACUGUAGAAGUUUAUGCUGGCACCAAUCUGCAUUUCCAUGGAGAGUACUUACUAAUGGCAGGUCUCUGUGGAUGAUUAUCUAAACGUUCCUGCCUUUGAGAACACAGCAUAAACUAUGCAGCGCAGAGGGGCGCCUGGCUGGCUCCAUGGUGGAGUAUGCAGCUCUUGAUCUUGGGGUCAUGAGUUUAAGCCCCACGUUAGGUGUGGAGAUUACUUUAAAAAAAAAAAUUUUUUAAAGAACACAGUGUCGAGGUACAAAACAAAGUAUAAAGUAUCUUAAGAGGAACAAAAAGCUGCAGAGAAGUAGUGUUUGCAGGCGGAAACCUGAGGAGGAACGGCUUCGCCACCGCUCGGAACGGAUGUGCCGAGACCGGAGCUGGUGGGGAAGGAAGGGGUGAAGGGGGGAGGUGGAAGACGGGCAGGCACCCAGAGGUGGAGGGCUUCCGGGCCACACGAGAGUUUGGAAUUUAUCCUAAGUGCAGUAGGAACCGACUAGAGAGUUUUAAGCAGGAGUGCAUCCUCUCCCGGGUGCUACUGCAGAUGCUGGGUCCACCUGAACGUACACUUGGACCCGGACAGAGUGACGUGCGAGGCAGGAACCCAAAGUAGCCAGUGGCUGGGUGCGGAGUGGCAUCAGUUAAUAAGAGGAGGAGGCAAAGAUACUCCCUCUCUUACUCACCCG